CCCACCGUGGGGUCUGGGACAUCGGUGGGGCUAGGCCACUCCCACUGCAGGACUGGUAACGUCCCUGCCCAGCGGAGUCACACCCGCCGCGGUGCCUCGACCACGUUCCUGUUACCAGCCUAUGCUUUCCCCUGAGCGCAGGCCCUCCCCCUGCUUCCACCUAUUUCUCCAGACCUGACCAGUGGCCCAGGCCGCCUUACUCCUCUCCUCCCGCAUACUCAGACCCUCCCGGUGGUGGCGGGCUGUGGCUGGGGAUGGUCAGGCCCCGACCCCCUCUGAGAACUGGAUCAUCUCUAGCCUGAACUGGACGCUCAGAUCCUGGGAGCCAGGCACAUGAUUGUGGCUUGGACUUAGGCUCGCCCCCCCGCCCCCUCCCAUUAGUGGGUUAGGGUCUAAGGUUGCUCUUCUGUCCCAGUGUCAGGCUGGGCGAGAUCCCUGGCUCCCAUCUCCAAGCUGGCCCUCCAUCUGGCUCCUAAGGAGGCUCAGGUGGACCCCUCAUGGACUGGGGCCGGGCUUUGGGACCCCCGCUCUGUAAUAAAGAACUGUGGGCCAUGGAGCCCAAACCCGGAAGCUGUGAGCUCCUGGACCUGUGUGUUCCUCACCAUCACAGGCUGGCUGUGGGCGUCGGGUCCGCACCCCCGUCCCUGGGCAGCACCCCGCCCCCACCCUGGGCUCCUCUGGGCAGCACCCCACCCCCACCCCGGGCUCCUUUGAGCAGGGACGAUCUGCUUCAUCUCAUGCCUCUGUUUUCUGGUUGGGAAUGGGGUGCACAUAUGACUGGUGCUUGACCUUCCUAGAGCCCUCGGUCCUGUGGGGAGGGGUACAGGCCAGCUCCAUCUGAGGUGGGUGUCUGAGAGGGAGGCCAUGUGUGGGCACCCCUUGGCCACAAUCCCAGCUGCUGCUAAGAUGCAGAUUUCGAGGCCCUUCUCCUGAGUCUUCCAGCCAGACUCGCAAGGCCAUUUGGACUUCAAACUUCCCCUCCCCUUUCUAGUGGGCGUGAUGGUUGAGCACUUUACUUUUGGGGGGCCCAGAGGGUCUUUGAGGAGAAGCUGCCAUGAAGGUAUCUGAGCCUCAGGAUACCUGCCCUAGCUGGCAAGUAGGGGACUGGGGGAUGGGGGGAGUGGCAGCUGGACCCUUGGGCUGCCCACUGGGUGGCUGGCCAGCCAGUGUCUUGGACCCGGCGACAGGAGUGCUUGCAGCAGAUUUCCCUUGCUAUCCUGCUGGUUUUCCAUUUGGCAUGAUUGGAACGUCAGUUUGCUGAAAGCAGGGAUUUCUGCCUGUUUCCCAAGUGCCUGGCCCACAGCCAGUGGCGGCAGAGGCCAAGGGGCCGGAGCCACGCAGAGAACCAGGCAGAGUGAAACACACAGGUGGGGUUAAGAAGGGCUAGGGGCGGAGUCCUGGGGCCGGAGCACCACUGUCAAGAGCCCCUGGCCACCCCGGGCGGUCAGGGCUGAUAGGCUGCCUUGGGAGGCCAGAGAUUGAGGCCAAGUCACCCGAGGGAAGAGGUGAGCAUUCCGUGGACGUUUCUCUGAGGACGAAGCAGGUGCAAUGGACGUCAGGCUGCGACUGGCCUUCUUGCUGUUGCUGCUGUUCCUGCUUCCAUGCCUGGGGCAGCCAGUAUGGCCUUCAGCCGUGGCCCUGGCACUGCGCUGGCUCCUAGGGGACUCCACCUGCUGUGUGCUCCUUGGCCUGGCCCUGCUGGCUUGGCCCUGGCUUGGCCCCCAGAUGCCCCAUUGGCUGAGUCUGGGGACCGCGGCCCUCACACUGGCCUUGCUGCCCGCACAGCUGCCUCCCGGGCUGCGCUGGCUGCCCACCGAUGUGGCCUUUAUCAUCAGGAUCCUCCGCCUGAGCCUGGACACCAGGGUGCGCUUGAACCGCCGGCCGCCCGACACCUUCGUGGAUGCCUUUGAGCGGCGGGCACGAGCACAGCCAGGCCGUGUGGCCUUGGUGUGGACAGGGCCGGGGGGCCGCUCGGUCACCUUCGGGGAGCUGGAUUCCCAAGCCUGCCGUGCGGCGUGGGCCCUGAAGGCCGAGCUCGGCAGCUCCGAGGACCUGCGUGCCCAGGAGCCUGUUGCCUUCCUUGUGCUGCCCUCCCAGGCCAUUCCUGCCCUGGGUCUGUGGCUGGGCCUGGCCAAGCUGGGCUUCCCGGUGGCCUGGAUCAAUCCGCACGGCAGGGGGGCACCCCUGGUGCACUCGGUGCUGAGCUCUGGGGCUCGGGUGCUGGUGGUGGACCCAGACCUCCGGGAGAACCUGGAGGAGGUCCUUCCCAGGCUGCAGGCAGAGAAUAUCCGCUGCCUCUACCUCAGCUGCUCCUCCCCCACGGGGGGCCUGGGGGCUCUGGGGGCCGCGCUUGAGGAGGCACCGCCAGACCCCGUGCCCGCUGACCUGCGUGCUGAGAUCACACCACGAAGCCCUGCCGUGUUCAUCUACACCUCGGGGACUACCGGGCUCCCAAAGCCAGCCAUCCUCACACAUGAGCGGCUGCUGCAGAUGUGCAGAAUGCUGUCCUUGUCUGGGGUUAGAGAUGACGAUGUUGUGUACACAGUCUUGCCUCUGUACCACGUGAUGGGGCUUGUCGUUGGGGUCCUCGGCUGCCUGGAGCUCGGAGUGACCUGUGUCCUGGCCCCUAAGUUCUCUGCCUCUGGCUUCUGGGACGACUGCCGGCAGCAUGGUGUGACUGUGAUCCAUUAUGUGGGCGAGGUCCUGCGGUACCUGUGUAACACUCCCCAGCAACCAGAGGACCGGACACACACAGUCCGCCUGGCCAUGGGCAAUGGACUCCAGGCAGAUGUGUGGGAGACCUUCCAGCAGCGCUUUGGCCCCAUUCGGAUCGUGGAAGCCUACGGCUCCACAGAAGGCAACAUUGGCUUCCUCAACUAUCCAGGGCGCUGUGGGGCCCUGGGCAAGACAAGCUGCCUCCUUCGAAUGCUGUCCCCCUUCGAGCUGGUACAGUUCAACGUGGAGGCCGAGGAGCCCGUGAGGGACAGUGGCGGCUUCUGCAUCCCUGUGGGGCCAGGGGAGGCGGGGCUCCUGCUGUCCCAGGUGCUAGGCCGCCAGCCUUUCCUGGGCUACCGUGGGCCCCGCGAGCAGACGGAACGGAAGUUGGUGCGGAACGUGCGGCGCCGGAACGACAUCUACUAUAAUACGGGGGACGUGCUGGCCAUGGACCGCGAAGGCUUCCUCUACUUCCGUGACCGCCUCGGGGACACCUUCCGGUGGAAGGGCGAGAACGUGUCCACGCGGGAGGUGGAAGGUGUGUUGUCUCUUGUGGACUUCCUGCAGGUGGUGAACGUCUACGGUGUGUCUGUGCCAGGGUGUGAGGGCAAAGUGGGCAUGGCUGCUGUGCAGCUGGCCCCCCGCCAGACCUUCGAUGGGCAGAGGCUGUACCAGCACAUCCGCACCUGGCUCCCUGCCUACGCUGCCCCCCAUUUCAUCCGUAUCCAGGACACCCUAGAGAUCACGAGCACAUUCAAACUGGUGAAGUCCCGGUUGGUACGUGAAGGCUUCAAUGUGGGCAUCAUUGCUGACCCCCUGUUCGUGCUGGACAACCAGGCCCAGGCCUUCCGGCCGCUGACGCGGGACACGUACCAGGCUGUGUGCGACGGAACCUGGAGACUCUAACUAGCCAUUCCACAUCUGGACAUCCGAAGGGGCAGAGCCCAACGCUGACCACCAGCCACACCUGCAGUGUCACCUCCACCCCAGCCCUGCAUGGGGUCUCAUCCCCAGCUGCACAGGGUGGGACGACACUGAGUCCAGAAGCAGAGUGAGAAUAAACUUGGAUGUACACAGAUGUCUGGGGCAAUGGAGAAACAAGGGAGGAGUGCAGGGCCCAGUGCCCUCCAGGAACCUUACUUCAGGGUCCUCCCUGCCUCCUCACCAAGGGCCUAGCCUCAAGGAGUCCCCUGUCUGGGCAAGGCUACGGGUGUGGGAGGAGCCAGCAGCCUCCCAGCCCCUGCAGGGUGGAGAGAUGAGAGCGCUGACUCCAUCUGUGGGAUCUUUGUGGCCUGACAGGGCGGGUCUGGGCUGGCGGAUGUGGAUGUGGUCUGGAGGAUGCAGGGAGAAGUGCUAUGAUGGGCGAUCUGACAAGGGCCGGAGAGUGUUGGACUGAGGCAAGAAGACUGAACAGGAAGUAAUUGGGAGAGGAGCGUUCCUGGCACAGUGCACGUGCAAACGCCCUGGGGCAAGU